AAAAACGAAUGCUUUAGCGGUGACAAUAGCAUCUUACUGAACUUAUUCUAGUUAAAAUGAUGUGGGUUUGAAGGGUUCAGCAUAAAGUAACCUCUCAAAGAAAUUUAAAUAAAAAGUAAUUUAAUAUGUUUCGUCAGAAUAAUUUCCCAGAUGUUCAGUUAUCUUUCCCAGAUGUCGACAUGCUAACAGCGUGCAUCGGUAAAGUCUUUCGGUCGCUCCUUUACUUUGGUUCAGACUGAAAUAUUCGGAGAACUUGUCCAAACCUUAAUGAUCCCCAGAGGAUAAAUCCUAAUAACGUCAGUGACCCCUGGAGUUUCCUCUAGCGCCACCAUGAGGUGGACAUUUGUGUUUUUUGUCUCAACAUCUGUUGGAUGUAAACGUUUUCCAUAACCCCAACAAGAGUUAAACGUUUCAAUGUGUUCAAUGCUUAAACAUUCCCAUCAGCUGUUCUUUGUGUUUAGUGCUAAUUAGCACGUGCUAAGCUGGUGAACCUGAUAAACAUCAUGUUAGCAUGCUGGUGUUAGCAUGCUGGUGUUAGCACUUAGCGGAGGACUCGUAUGCUCGGAUACUUCCGUGAGUUCACUGCCAUGUCGUACACUGUGAACACUUUCGCGGUGAAUGGAUUUUGAGCGGGUAGCGUUUUCUCAAACCGCACACGACUGCUGUGCACUAACCGGGGAAAACGAUCGACACUGUUAGCUAGCUAGCAAGCAACUUUGACGAUACAAAAUUACUACAAACUGCUCAAUCAACCCAAUAAAAUUAACAAUGGCUUCUUUCCGACAACAGUAUAGUUGUAUGUCUAUUAAAUAGUUAUUUGUAUAAUGCUGUGUUAAACGGAGCAACUGGUACCGCUGCAGGUCCCUCCACUUCCGUAACGUAGCCAAGAUGGCGGCCGUCCACACUGAACUUUUUGACUGUUAUGAGUACAACAUCCGGGUACUUAUAGUGCACUACAUUUUGCGAUACUUCUUAGUGUCAACGCACUCCAAAUAGCAAGUGUAAGUACAGAAGAACGCACAUUGAGACGCAGCAUUAGCCUCGGUUAGGAACCAGUGUCUUAAUGCCUCUUAGUGUCAUCAGAUCAUUUAUCUGCUCAUCCAUUUUAAUCUCUAACCACACCAUCUGAUGUUGGGAUGACUUGAGGAAGCUUUGCAUCUCACCUCUGAAUUCCAGCUUUUAAAAUGCCAACUAUUUUCCUGCAGUGAGUUACAGCUCAAACCAAGACGACACGUCUGUUGCUGAAAGUCUGAGCUGCAGAAUCUCAUGAUAAGUUUAAUGCAGUGAUGGAAAAUCAUCGAGAGGAAAAGACAAAUGCAUCGGCGUAAAGGCAGCAGAUGUUUUCUCCGAUCAUCUGUCAUCUCCCUCACAUACCUCUGAAAAGAUUUGUAGAAGGGGAGGAGCGAGGAUGGGGAAUAGGACGAGCAGCAGCGAGUGGAAGAGUUCAAAUGAAGCAGAGAAAAGCAAAAGACUGCCAUGGGUUUCUCUUGUUUCUGUGCAGAGACUGAAUCCUGCAAUAAAGGUGGCAGCACAUUACUACAGCCGGCGGAGGGAUGCACUAAAUUCUCACCCAAGGAGCCCCAACAAGAUUAUGAAGAUUUGAUACAUCUGCUGGGAGGCGAAACACAUCGAAAUCUGCAUAUCGAAAUCCAGGAUUAGUUGCCUUUUCAUUUCAUCUCCUCGGGCCUGGCCUCGACCAUGAGGCUAGAGCGCGGGCGGCGGGCUUCUCUGGCGCUCACCCUCAACUUUGUGGCGUUUGCUUUUGCCUUAUCAGCGGUGACCACCAGCUACUGGUGCGAGGGGACCAGGAAGGUGGCCAAGCCCUUCUGCACAGGCCCGCCGCUGAAGGCCAAGCAGUGGUUCUGCAUCCGCUUCAACAGCUCCAACAUCAACGACAGCCGGCUGGUGCAGUACAUCUUUGAGACCGGAGAGGAGAAGUUUCUCAUGAGGAAGUUCCACACGGGAAUAUUUUUCUCCUGUGAGCAGGCUGCCGACAUGAACGGGUUUGACUGUCGAGACUUCUCAGAGAUCGCACCAGAACAUGAAAGAGGAGUGCUGUGGUUGUGCAUCGUGGCUGAGAGUCUGUACCUCACGCUGCUGUUCACCGGCGGGGCUCUGAUGACCCUGGAGCAGUGCCCCUGCUUCAGCAUCAUGAACAAGCUGAAGCUCAGUGCCUUCGCUGCCUUGUGCACCGCCCUGUCAGGCCUUUGUGGGAUGGUGGCCCACAUGAUGUUCACCACCAUAUUCCAGCUGGCGGUCGCGAUGGGGCCAGAAGACUGGAGGCCGAAGACCUGGGACUACAGCUGGUCUUAUGUCUUGGCGUGGGGCUCUUUUGGCACCUGCAUGGGCUCUGCGGUGACGGCGCUCAACAGAUACACAAAGACCAUCGUGGAGUUUAAAUACAAGCGGCGGAACAUCGAGAAGAGCCUGAUGAUCAAGCAGAAGAUGCUGCAGCAGCAGCUCCCGGACCAGAUGUGGGACAUGUACCUGACGGCUGUGCCCGCUGACGCCGAGGCUCAGCGAGAGCUGCCGGUGAACGGCCACAAACCGUCCACAGGAGCAACGUAUGUGCUGCAAAUGGACAGUGAAGCAGAGUCACAAGGAGAGGUUUACUGUUAAAAAUAGAGUCCCUGCCCCCGUGCCCCACUGGAACAGUUUUUCGGGGCUGAUUUUCUGGACCCAGAUUGACUCUUGUUCCUGGAUUUCAAUUUCUAAUACAGGAGACGUGUGUUUGUUGUGUUGCCACACAUCAGAUGUGUGUCCUGGAGGCCAGAGCCCAGAUUCUUUUUAAAUAGAAUAAUGUUACACGGUCGGCUUUGAUGCAACAAGCGUUUCAUCAAAUCUUUCCAUGCGAUUCUAUUUGUGGGAGGAAGGGAAGAGGGCUGCAAUUUCAACGUCUUCACUCUAAUCUGUGGCAAGCUGCAGGAUGUGCAGGAUGUGCAGGAUGUGCAGGAUGUGCAGGAUGUGCAGGAUGUGCAGGAUGUGCAGGAUGUGCAGGAUGUGCACGAUGUGCUGCUGCUGCUGGGGGAGCAUGUGGUGGUGUUAUGUUUUAACUUCAAACAUCUUCUGCUGUAUCGGCCUUUUUCUGACUCAAGCUGCAUAAAAAUGUUGCUCAUGUGUUGCUCUCUGGGACGAGGCUCGGUCACUUGCUCACUAAGCCUCACAAAGAAAUCACUUUACCUAUUUCAGGUGGACAAAAAUAAAUAUGUGGAAAUCUUCAAACCCUGAAAUGCUUUAAGAACGAUUUACCGACUUGGAAAACAAAAUGUAGUUGUGAUAUUUGAACAUAUUUUAAAUUCUUGAGCAUCCUGCAGUUUGGAUAUUGCAAUCAAGAUUAAAUUCAGAUACAUUUUUCCUCCUUAAUUAUGUUUGAAACUCAGGAUAAUUUCUCAGAUUAAUUGUUUAAUAUGAUAUAAAACAGAAAACAGCAUGGAGUAGACGUAUAAAGUAGUAUACAAUAUAAAUACUCAAGUAAAGUACAAUUAAAAGCUGAUUUCUCAGCAAACAAUGUCAGAAAUUCUCCCUUUCUGUGAAUUAAAGACACUGAUUUAAAAAAACAAACCUUUUUUACUUAACUUACUUAUCAUCGUGUAGAAGUAUCCUGUAUUUAUAAACUUGUAAAUAUACUUAAAGUACCAAAAGUAAACGUACUCAUUAAGCAG